GUUUUAGAGACAGCAACACAUGUUGGAAGAUUAUCCGUAUCAAGCACCUCUGAUGUGCCAUUCAAAGAAAUGGCUAGUCAAUGUGAGGCUCUUUUGGUGGGAAAGCAACAAAAAUUAUCUGUUUGCAUGAGUACCCGACAACAACAACAAUUUUUCCUGAGUGGCCUUUCACAAGAUGACAAAGAAAUGAAACAUUCCUCACACUUGUGCACAGAACAAUUACAAAUGAUUGGCAAUCCCUUCGUUGAGCCGAACUUCAAUGCAUAUGCAUGCACGGUAACUGCCACCACUACCCUUCUGUUCCCCACCGAAUACCAAUGCCAGCCCCAGUUCAGGCUCCCCGCUUCAAACCCAUUUGAUAAUUUCCUAAAAGCUGCUGGCUGGUGAAGUGGUUAUGUUUCUGGAGUAUACUAAUACCACCCUCCAUUAUAAUCACGUAAAGUGAGUGGUGACCAGAGUUGAAUGUUCCAAUAUUCCGCAUUCUGUGGCUAAAUAGCUCUUGCUUGCAUCUCCAUAUGCCAUUCCACUGAAGGACCAUCUAUGUUGAUUGCUUAGCAAGUGCAUAUUAUUUCAUAUCUCAUCCCCUUCGUUCUUUCAUUAUAUUCAUUCGUUCAGAGUGGAAGUUCCAAAAGAUUCAUGGAAGAGGUGACUCCAAGUUUGUAUGUCAUCGUUAAGAGUGAUAAUGCGUUAAUGUCAUGAUGUAAUUAUCUGUGCUGUGCUAUUGUUAUAGAUGGAUAUAUUUCUGAAUAUGGGGAGAAGACCCUCUAAUAAACUUCAAUGCUUGAUUGAAGCGCGAAA